CGGCUCCUCCCCUUCAGUCUUGCAGAGGUGUAUCGGCUCCUCCCCUCCAGUCUUGCACAGGUGUACCGGCUCCUCCCCUCCAGUCUAGCACAGGUGUACCAGCUCCUCCCCUCCAGUCUUGCACAGGUGUACCGGCUCCUCCCCUCCAGUCUAGCACAGGUGUACCGGCUCCUCCCCUUCAGUCUAGCACAGGUGUACCGGCACCUCCCCUUCCGUCUAGCACAGGUGUACCGGCUCCUCCCCUUCCGUCUAGCACAGGUGUACCGGCUCCUCCCCUUCCAGUCUAGCACAGGUGUACCGGCUCCUCCCCUUCAGUCUAGCGCAGGUGUACCGGCUCCUCCCCUUCAGUCUAGCACAGGUGUACGGCUCCUCCCCUUCAGUCUAGCACAGGUGUACCAGCUCCUCCCCUUCAGUCUAGCACAGGUGUACCAGCUCCUCCCCUUCCGUCUAGCACAGGUGUACCGGCUCCUCCCCUUCAGU